AUGCUAUGGCAUACUAUAUCCCCGUCCACUCGUCCACUAUCACUAUCACUGCUAGAGCUCACCCCUCUGGCACUCACACUAUCCCUCACUCUCGCUCCUCCUCCUCCACCUCCCGUCAACCCCCAGGGUAAGAAGAAACGACGGCGUCGUCGACCCUUCCCCCUCCUUCCCGGAGAGUCAGACCCAGACACCGCGGUCGAGAACGACGACGAUGACUCAUAUCAUCUUCCCCAACCUGUGCCAGGAUCAUGGCCUACAGAUGUCUUACAUGGAGAAUCAUUCAAAGACUUGUUGUCACAUGGUGUCGUGGUAGCCGUCAACGGACAACCUUGGAGUCGGAUCGUCGCUCACGUCGGUGAUUCGGAAGAUGAAGAGGAUCAUGAUGAACAUCAAGGGCAAGAGGAAGAGUGGGAAGAAGGAGAAUGGGUGGGUCAAAGGAAUGAACAUGGGGAAGGGAUGGAAGAAGGUUUGGGUGGCAGUGGUGUACAUCGUCGUCGACCUAGAAGAGCGAGGUUUGUGGUCAGUGGUGCUCGACCGGGUGAUGGAGGGGAGGAGAGAAGGAAAAGAAGGGGUACCGGUAUUCGACAGGGAAACGAUAGAGAUAAAGAUAGAGCUAUCGUCGUUGUCUAUGGUUUGACACCUGGCAAAGAGUAUGAGAUAGAGUUGAGAGUUGUCGGGAUGGAAUCAGAGGAUACUCAAGCAGUGUCAAACACUGUAGUAAUCCCUCCCUCACCAUUAUCCAACCCUCUACAUCUCACAUCUAACUCCCGUUCUAGAGCAAAUUCCCUUCGGUCAAGAUCCAAUACUCGAUCUAGGUCCAACUCACUCAACACUCCAUCCACCCAGCCUCAUACACCGACUCCAGCACCUCUGCAUACCAUCCCCAAUUUCUUGGCCACCGAUUCACCUUCCCCACCCGAAGUCUCAACCCCAAUUCCUGUCCUCAGCCCCGUCGACGCUCAAGUGGCACAUCUCCGUCAGGCUCUCGCGGCUGCUCACGCUGAGAAAGAACAUCUCCACGUGUCAUUGAAAGAAGCUCGUCGAGCUAACCAAAGAGCCGAUGCCGCUCUAAGGAUGGAAGUUGAUACCAUUCGUCGUGCUAUCGAAAAAGCUUCCGCAUUGGACAUGCGUUCGAAGCAAAAGGUUUUGGCUCUACAAGAACAGGUCAAACAAGGAUGGGCUGGUGCUGAGACUGCGGAGAAAGAAUCUCAGAUGGUUGAAAGUGGAAUGACGCAGUUAAAGGAAAGACUUUCUUCUGCGGAACUUGAUCUAGCCGAGGUGAGAAAACAAUGGGAAACUGUGAGGAUACAUGAAGAGUCAGUAAGAGAGAGUGAUCGAAAAGCCAGAGCCGAGGAGGACAAAAGGUUACAAGAGGUCGUAGGGAGGGUGGAAAAGUUGAAAGCGAAAAAGGAGAAGAAAGAGUUGGAAAGUGUAGAGUUGGAGAAGAAAACCGAUGAGAUUGAACGUCAAAGGGAAGAGGUGGAACGUAAGAUUGAAGAAGAUCGACAGAGGAGGAUACAAGCCUAUUGGCCUAGAUGGGAAGAGUAUACAAACGUCCCUACUGCUGAAUAUACACUUCAAUCAAAUCGAAGUUUAACAACACAUUCUUCAAUGUCAAAUUUACAUGUUCAACCUCGAGGUGUGAUACAUCCCAUUCGACAUCUCUCUGCAUCUGCGACCAGUGCAGCUGCGAUACAAAGAUCAAACGUUGGACCGGGAGUGGGAGUGGGAGUGGGUUCAGGAGGAACGCCAACGAAUCAACUCAGUCCUACUUUUUCAAACACUAUCUAUCCCUCUCAACCAUCGCCGACGUCCAUCGGUUCUUUCAGAACCACAUCCGUCGCACCAGGACAAACAUCCAACACAUCAACUUCCAACUCACUCACUUCUUCAACUCAUACACACGGUAGGACAACACCGGGUACAGGAGUGAAUGUCACUGCCCCUCCCUUUCAACCUGGGACGAAUUACGAACAACAACAUCAUACCACUUUGAUGCCAUUACAACUUCAACAUCGUAUAUAUCUUCCUAGUGGAAGUUCUUCGAAUUUGUUGAAAAAAGACGUUGUACAUCCUACUCCUCAACCGACCUUCCGACCUCCUCCUUCUGUGGUUGAACAGCAGCAACAGCAGCAACAACAACAACAACAGCUGGUCAACAGUCAGAAAUCUUCACCUACAAUCCUAUCCACACCUAAUUUCCCACCUCUAUCAUCACAUCCUCAUCAUUCUCAUUCGACACCGUCUCCUCACGCAGCUCAUGGAUCGCUGUCACUCCCCUCUUAUCCUUCUCACACUUCUCUUUCACUCUCAAACACUCAAAACGUUCCCGGUCCAGUACCACCCAGUCUAGCCAGCAUAGUCACUAGAGCAGUUCUCAGUCCUACUUCUUCACUCGUGGGAAUCACAUCUUCCCCAACCAUUUCCAAAUCAUCACCCAUAUCCACCAGAACUGCUAGCACUACUCCGAUGGUGAAACCCACCCAGAUGAAAGGACAUUCUCCCAUUUUACCCAGUCAUUCUCAUCUUUCUCAAUCCAGUCAAUCGAGUCUGACCACUUCUCAUGGAGCUCAUAUGGAUCGAUCACAGGGGAAUGUGCACGAUCGUACGGCGAAGGUAUACGGUCCGAAUGUGUCCCACCAUCAAACACACAAUGAAGUACAAAACUCAACACAUCAUAAAGGGCACGGACAGGAGAGAGGGCAGGGUGCGAUGGUAGAUGGGGAUUUCCCACCUUUAUCACCUACUUCUUGGUCUAACCCAGGGGAGAAGAGUAGAUCGGGUACUCCACCUGUUCGUAAUGUUCGUAAAGGUACUUCUUAGACGACAUCAGACCAUAGUUGGAAAUGUAUAGAAAUGAUCAUGUAUCAUAUUUGUC